UUUUGGUACUAUCAAUAUCUUCUGAUUACUGCCUUGUACAUGCUUGAAUCAUGGGAGAGAACUGUUUUUAAUUGUUUCUUAUUGUUCUUCCUGUCGAUGGCUACUUACACAGCGUACGUGUUCAUGCCGGGCCACAUCAUCAUGCUGGAACACUUCUUUGCCUACAUGUUUGGCCUUACUAAUGUUCUCUGA